AAAACGUUGCGUUUAGUUCACUCUCACAAUCCAUUUAUACUCUUUCCUCGUUAGAAACUUCUGCAUAAGUUCUGUGUUCUUCAACGAUGUCUUCCACUUCAAUCUCCACUUCUCUUCGCGUGUUGACCACAAAAUUCCCAAAAUCUCUUCACUCAACAAAAACCUUAAUUUUCUCCUCAGAACCCACAAAUCUUUCCUUCUUUAUUUUCUCAAAACCUAUUUCUUUCCAAAAAAUCCCAACAAAGACUCAACCUUUACUUGCAUCACCAUCAAGCUCUAUGUCUUUGCAACCAAUUGAAGAAUUCCCUCCAAAGCUUCAAGAGAUCAUCAAGCUUUUUCAAUCGGUUAAAGAACCCAAAGCUAAGUAUGAGCAGUUACUUUUUUAUGGAAAGAAUUUGAAACCACUUGACAGUGAGUUUAAAACUAGGGAGAAUAAAGUUGAAGGUUGUGUUUCUCAAGUUUGGGUUAGGGCUUAUUUGGAUUUUGAGAAGAAUGUUGUCUUUGAAGCUGAUUCUGAUUCUGUUUUAACUAAGGGUCUUGCUGCUUUGCUUGUUCAAGGGCUUUCGGGCCGGCCGGUUGAGGAGAUUUUACGGGUUUCUCCCAAUUUUGUUGUGUCUCUUGGGUUGCAGCAGAGCUUGACACCUUCUAGGAAUAAUGGGUUUUUGAAUAUGUUGAAGUUGAUGCAAAAGAAAACACUUGAAUUGUAUAUGGAAGCUGAAAAGGGAAGUGGGGCUGUUGAAAGUUCGAAGCUUCGUGAUGGUAGUGGUGAGAAUGAGGGAAAAAUUGAAAAUUUGGGCUCAAAUGGUGAUGUUGGUGUUGAAAGAUCUGGUGACAAUUCGGUCAAAGGCUUGAGUUUUGAUGCGAAAAUUGAUGGUGUUGAGGGUUUGGGACCGGUGGGGAGUGAAAAGGGAUCGAAUUCAAAGGCUUUAGGGAGUAGGGGAAUAAGGGUUAGGGAGAAAUUGGAGAGGGAGCUAAGUCCUCUUGAAUUGGAAGUAGAGGAUAUUUCAUAUCAGCAUGCUGGGCAUGCUGGUGUGAGAGGGAGUAAUGGGGAGACACAUUUCAAUGCGAAAGGUUCUAAGGAGUUUGAAGGGAAGAGCUUAGUGAAGAGGCAUAGGCUGAUUUAUAAUUUGUUGCAAGACGAGUUGCAGAGUGAAUUACAUACGUUGUCUAUUGUAGCGAAGACGCUGGAUUAAGUUGAUGGAAGCUGAAGAGGAGAUGAAAAUAGAGGUUAAUUUUUCUUCUUUCAUUUGAUUGUAUAGCUGAGUUCUAAAUAUUGCUUCUAGCUUUAAGUUGUUAAAGACAAUGUGUUUAGUCAGAAAGUAAAGUACUAAUAAUGAUCUUGGAGAUGUUUAUAUCAGUUGCAUAUUUUUUAAAUCUUGAAUGAAUUUUGUUUAAAUGA